AUGCGAACCGAAUGUGUUAUUUUCUUCGAUAAGGUAUAUGUGAUUACACCAACUAAUAUCACAACAAGCUCCGUGUGUUGCUUAAAACUCGAACAAUCUGUUACCCAUUCGUUCCUUCUUGGCCAAAGUAUAGUUGCAGACGUCAUGCCUAUAAAUAACUUUGCGAAUCUAACCAAUCUAACGAAAUCCGAUUCUUUACCGGAAAAUAUUCCUCAUCAUAUUGAGGAAUCGUUUGAUCUAUCAUGGAAUGAUAUUAUUUACGAUGGUGGACUAGCAACAUGGUUAACUCGUUCAUCAUUUCGUUGGUUAAACAUCACUGUUUGUCUCAUUGGUAUCAUCGGUAAUGUUUUGGCUGUUUGCACAUUACUUCGACGUCGGAUGCGUACUUUAUCUACCUAUGCUUAUUUAACAGCUUUAUGUUUAUCAAAUGCAAUUACACUAUCAGCUGUGAUUGUUUUUGAACUCGAAGUUUUUCUUGCACCGAGCCGGUUCAAUUGUAUACUCGUCGCAUCUGCCAAAGGUGUUGCAUCCAGCACAUUCGCGCUGUCAACAUGGAUAACUGUUGGUUUUACUGUUGAUCGUUACAUUAUGAUUUGUUAUCCGUUCACCGGCGAGAAAAUGUGCACUCGACGAAAUGCAUUGUUUGUGUUAAGUGCAUGUUUACUUUUCGCCUUGGCUUAUUUAGUACCGCAAAUGUUGGCCAAUUCAUGUCAUGCCAUGCUCAGUGGAAAUCCUAUAAAUAGAACAAAUACAUAUUUGAAUAUUUCAACACAUGCAACUAAUCGUACUGAACUAAAUGCCUGGGCUUUUUGGGUAUCCGGUUUAAGUGAAUUCGGUAAAUCGGUUGCCUAUCGUUCGGUUAUCACACUGUUUGUUAAUUGUUUUCUCGUUCGUAUCAUCCCAUUUCUAAUCGUCUUCAAAUUGAAUUUACAUUUAAUUCAUACACUCGCAAGUACUAAACGACGCCAUCGACAGAUUAACCCCUAUGAACAAAAACGAAAUGAUGUUACACAUAUGCUGGUCAUUGUCAUCUCGAUUUAUUUAGUAUGUAUUACACCAUCGAUUCCAUUCGCUGCCUUCUUUGCCUAUAACCCCGAUACAUACGUCACUAUAUCGUAUCGUUAUCGAAUCUUUCAACAUCUGGAUGAAUUUGCCAAAUUUUUGAUGAUAUUCAAUUCCGCAUCGCAAUGUUACCUGUAUAUAUUUUUCGGCAAGCGCUUUCGUCGAGAAUUAACACAUUUACUAUGCUGUUUCUGUAUGAAAUACUUCUAUAUGCCAUUGCCACAGCACUAUACGAAUAACAGUGAUCGAGAAACGUUUCUACCAGAUUUUGGAAAUAAUGAAACAUUCGAACUUGUUCUCAGUGGUAAAUGGUCGUUAGAUCAACGACAAGAUUCGAUUGCGGGUAUUGAAUUUAGCUUCCAUCAUCCAAGACGGUGGAGUCGUUUAACAUCAUCAUCAGCAACAACGGGCCGAUCCAAUUCAGAAUAUAGUGAAAGUCAAAUUCGUUUCAGUAUAUUUCAACGGUUGAAAACUCGUGUUGAACAACUCUUUGCUCGUUUUCAUUGA